GCAUAAAGUGAAUGAUUAUUUAUUAGAAGAAAUGCGGCACAUGUAUAAGUACACCAUCAUAUGACAUGGCCAGUUGCUAUAUAAUAGUUUCAUAAUUUUCUGGUCACAUCACUCACAGAUGUCGGACCGCAGGAUGAUACCACAAGCGGCUGUAGCAUGCAUCAUAGGCAUUGUGCUCGUCUCGCCGUGUUUGUCUGAGACUUGCGUGAAGAUCAGUUCUUGUUCUUGCCAGACUUCUCAAGGAAAAUUUGACCUUUCACCUCUCGCCUACGGAGACGGAACACCCAAGUUCCGAGACGCGCCAGGUCCAGCUGGUGCCUGGUUUUACUCCUACAACCCUUGUGUUGGCUUCUCAGAGGGGUCUGGCCCGUGUGAACUCGUUGCGGUGUGUCAGACUGACAAAUCGACGAUGUCCUUCAGCCUAGGAGCUGCGAACUCGACAGUAUUCAAGAACUCCGCCAACGUAUGGCAGGUGGUGUAUACAUCACUUGGCAGUACUGUGAGAACAUCUACGGUAACACUUGUUUGUGACCCGAAUGAACCGGGAAACUUCACGGCACAAGGAGAGAAUCCCCAGGGCAGCGCGAAUUAUUAUUUCACACUGACGUCAAGCAACGCUUGUUUCAUACCCAACCCCACAACACCCCUUAUACCCACGUCUACAACUAUGAAACCGCAAUCGACGACGUCAGCCGCGCCCGGGUCACUGCCUCAUUUCCUCUACAUGUUGUCCGUAUACAUCGUGGGUGUAUCAUUGCGUAGCUGUGACCACUGAUCAAAAACUAAUGUAUUCUACGAGGAAGUCGAAUGAAGUGUCUCCUGGCAUGUCAAGGACCACGGAACAGACCCAUGUGGAAUAGUUCAAAUUUCUGAUAAUCUCAUUAAAAUCAGAACUUAGUUCUCGCUACCGCCAAACAAAGAUCUGAGGACAUCCCAUUAGGGCACACGUCAGAACGACCUUUC